CAUGCUCAGUGUAGUAGCCGGUUAUGGCGGCGGAGUGUGUUUGUCCAUGAGGUGGGGGACGUCUGCCGUUCGUACAGUCUGUGACAGAGCGAUUCGAGCGACUCGCUGCUAUGGCUGGAGUGUUCGACAUUGAUUUGGACCAGCCGGAGGAAAAUGUCUCCGAUGAUGAGAAUGAGGAGGUUGAAAUUAAUGACAUCAUGGAGCAAUGCAGUGGAUUUGAAUUUAACAUGGAUGACUGUGAAAAGAUUGAGAUCUCGGAGGACAACGUCAACCAGGGGACGGAGAACAUCCGGCCUGAGUGCUUCGAGCUGCUGCGGGUCCUGGGGAAGGGCGGCUACGGGAAGGUUUUCCAAGUUCGGAAAGUUGUCGGAGGGGCCUCGGGCAAAAUCUUUGCCAUGAAAGUUUUAAAAAAGGCCAUGAUUGUUCGCAAUGCAAAGGACACAGCGCACACAAAGGCAGAGAGGAACAUCCUGGAAGAAGUGAAGCAUCCCUUCAUUGUGGAUCUGAUCUACGCCUUCCAGACAGGAGGGAAGCUGUACCUCAUCCUGGAAUACCUGAGUGGAGGAGAGCUCUUCAUGCAGCUGGAGAGGGAGGGCAUCUUCAUGGAGGACACGGCCUGUUUUUACCUGGCAGAGAUCUCCAUGGCUCUGGGCCAUCUGCACCAGAAGGGCAUCAUCUACAGAGACCUGAAGCCUGAAAACAUCAUGCUCAACAGUCAGGGUCACGUAAAGCUGACCGACUUUGGUCUGUGUAAAGAAUCCAUCCACGACGGCACGGUUACACACACUUUCUGUGGGACCAUCGAAUACAUGGCCCCAGAGAUCUUGAUGAGAAGCGGGCACAACAGAGCAGUGGACUGGUGGAGUCUGGGCGCUCUGAUGUACGACAUGCUCACUGGAGCGCCGCCUUUUACUGGCGAGAACCGCAAAAAGACCAUCGACAAGAUCCUGAAGUGCAAGCUCAGCCUGCCCCCCUACCUCACACAAGAAGCCAGAGACCUCCUGAAACGGUUACUGAAGAGAAACGCCUCGUCCAGGUUGGGAGCGGGAGCCGGUGACGCCACAGAGGUGCAGGCUCAUCCUUUCUUCCGACACAUCAACUGGGAAGAUUUGUUGGCCCGGAAAGUGGAGCCUCCCUUUAAGCCCAUCCUACAAUCGGCGGACGACGUGAGUCAGUUUGACUCGAAAUUCACCAGUCAGACGCCAGUCGACAGCCCGGACGACUCCACCCUGAGCGAGAGCGCCAAUCAGGCCUUCCUGGGUUUCACAUAUGUUGCCCCAUCAGUCCUGGAAAACAUCAAGGAACGGUUUUCAUAUGAGCCCAAAAUCCGCUCACCUCGGCGUAUCACAGACAGCCCGAGGACACCCCUCAGCCCCGGGUGGUCCCGCGGCCCCCUCCUCCCCGGCGGAGGACCGAGCGUCCUCCAGUCUCCUCAGGACCAGGCCAUGGAAGUGUCCACUCCGGAGCAAAUGGACAUCACGAGCAGCUCGGAGGCCUCUGCGCCUCUCCCCAUCCGUCAGCCGGCGGGGGUCAACCUGGCUCAGAUGAAGCAGCAAGCCUACCCCGUCGCGGCCAAGCGGCCCGAGCAUCUACGAAUGAACCUAUGACCCACGACUGUCCGCUUCUUUUUCUUUCCCCAUCUUGUCGGGGAAGGGGGGGGGGGUUCUUCCUUUUUUUUUUUUUUUUUUUUUAAACAAAGAAAAAAAAGGUUCGGGUGCUGGAGACGACGAACAUCCAAAAGUGCACAUCCAAAGCAGCACACAUCCUUUCACGCCUCCGGCGCUCUGUGGGGCCACAGGCGGCGCCACGGCCCGGCCACUUCUCCUCAGACACCUCAGGGGCGCCGACCUCCGUCUUCAUCAUGUUUCAAUGACCCGGAAAUCCAAAAAGCUGGCCAUGGUCACACAGCAUGCCUGACUGAAGUGCUGCACCGGAAGGUGUCCAGCACACUCUGUGCCGUUUCAGCGGAUGCCAGCGAGCAAAAAAACUCUGUUGGAAGGAUCUUUCCCUGACAGUAAGCUCCCUGGCUCCAAACUAAAUUGAAUGGAUACAGUAAGGAUCACUGCUUUGGAAAGAAAAGAAAAAAAAAAUCAGAGGAAUGUUUGCUCCUGCAGACAAGAGAGAGUCUCUGGUAUUGAUAAGUAGUUUUACAUUUCACAAAGUCUUACACAGGAUGUAUUAACUGUGUUAUACAUCAGCUAUGACUCAGAGAGCCUUAGAUAUAAAAAAAGAUAAAAAGUUGACUUUCCAUUCUCUCAGUAAUAGUGUUGUGGAUAUAAAACGGUUCGCCUGAAGUGGGAUCAGUACUUCCGCCACAUCUCUUAAGUUGUCGCCGAUGGACCAUAAUUCUGCGACUCUGGCGUCUCUCACUUCCCCAAAACAAACUGAUCUCAGUGCUGCUUCCGUGACCCAACCUCCUUCUUCAUCACCCGGUUGCCCCGGGGACACGGGACCUCAGGACCCUGGUCCGGCCCCUCGGAGUGGAGUCUGAGACCGUAGCACCAGUUGAUCUGGUCACCGUCUGCAGCUUUGGGGGUUUUGAUGCUCCAAAGACUUAACAUUUACAGCCUCUUGCAUCAGCAUUAACUUGUUCAGGAGGAAAAUUUUAAGAACUUCUGAAAAGACAAUUAUCAAUAAAAUACAAUUGAA